UUAAUCUCCUCUAACAAAGGGAGGAGGGUUUGGUUGUAUCAAGAAGUAGGGUUUGUGUUGCAAAGCGUAUGAAAGAGACGGGAAGGGAAAGAGAGGCAUCAAGGCAUCAAAGGUAGCAUACACAGUGGAGUAACUUGUGGCCUUCAAUCUAUACAAUCCCGAUAUUCUUCCAGAUCUCAGAAACUAAGUCAACGACGGGGUUCCUUCUCCCUCUGUUUUCUCUAUGUCCAAUUCGCUUCUUGUUUCACUUUUUCCUAAAUCCAAGCAAGACCAGGGUUUCCCGCAAUGCACGUCUAUGUCAAAGCCAAAUAACAUUUUCUUUCUAUUGAUAGGGUUCAUCGCAAACAUACAGCCUGGAUGCCAAUCUCCGCCUUCUUCGCCUUUCGCAGAGGUAGAAGACCGUGUUGAUAAGAUGUCUAAGUAGGUGAAUAUGCAAAUUGUUGGAGCAACAAAUAUGUCUGUUGAUUGUAGUGAUGCAUUUAACACUACAGAGGUUUUUCCUUCUCGAGAUGUAAUGUUAAAUUGGGCUCGAGAUGUUGCAAAAGAGAAUGGAUUUGUCCUUAUUAUUUUGAGAUCAGAGACAUCUACAAAAUCUACAAGAACUACAAGACGUAAUCAAAGGAAGACAUUUGUAAUUUUGGGUUGCGAUAGAAGUGGAAAAUAUAGAGGACCAUACAAGAAUGCGUUAUCCCGAAAGGUAAAUGGUACUAGAAAAUGCGAGUGUCCCUUCAGGUUAAGAGGAAAAGCUUUGAAAAAGGCCGAAGGAUGGAUUGUUAAGGUAAUGUGUGGUUGUCACAAUCAUGAAUUAGAGGAAACAUUAGUGGGUCAUCCAUAUGCAGGUCGGUUGAGUGCUGAAGAGAAGUCUUUGGUUGAUGAUAUGACAAAGAACAUGAUGAAGCCAAAAGAUAUACUAUUGACAUUGAAAGAUUAUAACAUGGAUAAUGUCACUACUAUCAAGCAGAUUUACAAUGCUCGACAGGCUUAUCGAUCCUCUCAAAAAGGUUUAGAAAUGCAAUACCUUCUGAAGUUAUUGGAACGUGAGCAGUACGUGUACUGGUAUAGAAAGGUGGAUGAUUCCAAUGUUAUCAGAGAUAUGUUCUGGACACAUCCAGAUGCCAUUAAACUUCUGGGUGCUUUCAACACUGUCCUGAUAAUUGAUAGUAUUUAUACAACCACUAGGUAUCCAUUGCCACUGCUUGAGAUUGUUGGCGUUACUUCUACAGAGUUAACAUUCUCUGUGGCUUUUGCUUUUGUGGAGUCUGAGCGAGCUGACAACUUCACUUGGGCACUACAAAAGUUAAGAGGCCUGAUUGUUAAAGACGAAGACAUACCUCAGGUGAUUGUGACUAACAGAGACAUUUCUUUGAUGAAUGCAGUGCAAGUUGUCUUUCCGAGCUCUUCUAAUUUGUUAUGUCGGUUUCAUAUCAACAACAACGUGAAGACCAAAUGCUUGUCAAUAGUCCAUCCAAAGGAGAAACAAGACUUGGUGAUGGAUGCAUGGGAUGUUGUUGUGAAUUCUUCUAACGAGAGUGAAUACAUGCAACGUCUGGCAUUAUUUGAAAAAGUUUGCUCAGCUUUUCCUAAUUUUGGUGAAUAUGUGAAAAAUAUGUGGCUGAUUCCGUACAAGGAAAAGUUUGUCGCUUCAUGGACAAAUCAGGUGAUGCAUUUGGGUAACACAACAACCAUUAGGGUUGAGGCAACAAAUUGUAAGUUAAAGAAUUUGCUUCAAGAUAGCAAGGAAGAUAUGUGUAGUUAUUGGGAUGCUAUGAAUGACAUGAUUACUUUGCAACUCGCAGAGAUUAAGUGGUCGUUUGAGAAAAGCAUAAAUGUAGUUGAUCAUAUGCAUAAUAAUACUUCAUUAUACAUCAAUCUGCAAGGACUUGUAUCAAGGAGUGCAUUGAGUCAUAUUACUGACGAGUAUGACCGAGUUAAGGCUGUUGGUACUGAUAGUUCUAAAUGUUGUUGCAUAGUUAGAACUACACAUGGUCUUCCUUGUGCAUGUGAACUUGCUAGGUACAGUACAAUGUGUCAUCCUAUUCCCUUGGAGGCAAUUCAUGUUCAUUGGAAGAAGUUAAACUUUGACCGAGGAAUGAAUGACAAGGAGUCUGAGUUAUCGUUGCAACCUGAAUUGGAUGCUUUGCUCAAGAGAUUUCAGGAACUUGAUUGUGCUGGGAAAAUUAUUCUAAAGGCUAAGUUGUAUGAACUAGCAUUUCCUGAUACAAUUUCAAAGUGUCCAACUCCCACAGUGGUAAGAAUAAAGGGUGCUCCAGGGUCAAAAAGAGACAGAUCAAUUCAUUCUGAUCUUUCACAUCGGGAGCAUGUUGACGCAAUGCGUCCUGUGCAUAGUGGCACUUCAUCUUGCCCUUCAUCUCAUCAACUGGUCCAUGAGUCUAAACGAAGAAGGGUUCUGUCAAUGAUGGACCAAUUUCCAAUUCAGAUCCAUCCGUUUAUUGAAGAAAUUAUUGAUGUGAAAGCAGAUUCAAAUUGUGGUUAUCGGGCUGUUGCAGCUCAACUUGGUAUGGGUGAGGAAUCAUGGGCUUUAGUUCGUCAGGAUUUGAUUAGAGAGCUUCAACAGUGGCAAGAUAUGUACGCUAAACUCUUCGGUAGCAAUGACCGAGUGGCUGAACUGAGGCAAUCUUUGUAUGUUGACAAGGAGACGUCUAUUAAAAAGUGGAUGACCAUACCAGAUAUGGGUUAUGUAAUUGCCUCAAGAUACAACGUGGUUCUAGUUGCUUUAUCGUUGAAGGAGUCCAUGACAUUUUUCCCACUUAGAGGACGGCCACCACUAUCUCAGUCAAGGCACCGCCUUAUUGCCAUUGGGUUGGUGCAUGAUUGUCACUUUGUACAGGUUGCUUUGAAGGCUGGGUCUGCAAUACCUCCCACUGCUUUGCAGUGGUCGAGAUACUGCAGUGCUGAAUCUCGUUCUUGGGAAACUUCAUAUGUUAAUCGUAUGGAACAUUUUAGGUCAUUGUUUCCACAAAAAAAAAUGAUUAUGUAAAUGUUUUUGGGGACUAAUUAACGUCAAAUUCGCCACUAGUAACCUCCAGAUCACAGACUAAUUAUUACAAAAGAGGCGUUGGUAGGAUAUCUUAAGAAAUGUAAGGGUUUUGGUACAUAUGUUUGGGCAUAUUAAGGAAGAGUUUCAGUAUAGAAGAAAGCCCUUAGAUUUCUGAGGAUAUCCUAGACUUGUUCAUAAUACAAAGCAUGUAUUGAAUGCCACAGCAUCGAGUGCCGUCCAAUCUGCAGAAGUACAGAAUAGAUGAAAAGCAAGCCAAUUUUUAUAACUUGGAAACAACUUUGAAAGCCUUUUAUUUUUUUUGUACAAAGGGCAAUGGAAUACACUAUUUAAAGUUAUCAAUUUUUCUAUGAUGAUUCUACAAUGAUAAUGUGCUUGAGAUUGUAUCUAGCACUUUAUUUUAGCUAAUUACAUAUACUUCAGGUGGCAACACACUUCGCAAAACAUUAUUCGUUACUGCUCGUAGAGCUAGAGAAA